AUGGUCACUUCUGCUGUAUUUAAUCCAAGAAAUGACAAUCAAAUUCUCGUUCUUCAACUCAAUUAUCCACCAUGCUUGGAUGAGCUGGAGCCAAGAUCUCAACGUAUCAUUACGAAUGAUAUCCCUGGUGCUGUGGAAGAUGGCGUUUCGGCUAUCGCUUUUGAUCGCAGAGCUAACUACCUCAUUACAGGGACGAACAAGGGAAAACUUGUUGUGUACAAUGCGAAGACACUGAAAAUGGUUUCUUGGGGGAAACAGAAUAGCGUUCAGCAGGUCAAACAAAUUGUGAUUCCACGAAGAGGCAACUUUAUUAUAACAAAUUCACAAGAUCGUAUCAUCAGAACUUUUGAUCUGGAUGAUAUUUUGGACUGCCAUAACGGUGCCACAAUAGAG